AUGUUUAUAAGGGACUGCAACAUUCCCGACCCCGAGGAAGGACCAGAACCUGGGUCACAUUGGACACUUGUGUUCGAUGGUGCUUCUAAUGCUCAAAGCAAUGGAAUUGGGGCAGUUAUCACAUCCCCGUCUAGUUUUCAUCUACCCUUCACCGCAAGGUUAUACUUCGGUUGCACUAAUAGUAUGGCGGAGUAUGAGGCUUGUAUCUUUGGUAUUGAAGCAACUAUCAAUCUAAGGAUCAAGAUUCUCGAAGUCUAUGGAGACUCAGCCUUGGUAAUCAACCAAGUGAAAGGAGAUUAUGAAGCUCGUGAUCACAAACUGAUCACGUACAAAGAGCGUGUCUUGAAGCUAAUCCCAUAUUUUGGUGAGAUCAGAUUCCAUCAUAUUCCUCGAAAGGAGAUUCAGUUGGCCGAUGCCUUAGCUACUCUAUCAUCCAUGUUUAAGGUUAAGUGGAAAAAUGAAGCACCAUCUAUCCGCAUUGACUACUUGGAUGAACUAGCAUACUAUUUGGCAACUGAAGAAGAGUCUGAUGGCCAUCAUUGGUUUUAUGAUAACAUGAGGUACUUGGAGAGUCGGGAAUACCCAGAAAAUAAGUAUCUUCGAAAGCUAUCGGCCAAGUUCUUUUUUAGUGGAGGGGUACUGUAG